UUGAUUCCUCGUUUGUGGUUAUCAAAGUUAUUGGUUGUUCAUUCGAAUAUAAAUCAGGCAUCACAUACUUUAAUUAAGAGAGAGUGAUGGCAGAAAUGGCGCAGUGCAGGGUGGAUGGUGAAAUUGGUUGUGGUUUUAUGGGAGGAAUCUUCCACCGUCGGAGCUACUGGCCGAGAAAAACCUCCGUCCAUUCACUACCGUCAGAUGGUAGCAACGAUGUAAAGAAGGCACCAACCACUGAUAUUUUCAAGAGGCCGCCAAGAAGCAGCGCCUCUGGAGACUCUGCUUGCAUAGUUUCCAAUUCAAGCAAUCCUUCAACUUCCCACAGAAGAAGCUCGACCUCGUCGUCCUCCACCAAUUCAGGCCAAAUGGACUCCGGCGACGAGAGAAAGCCGAAGAGAGAGCCGGCGAGAAAAUCUACAGAGCUUUCAAGCAAUAUAAUGCUUAUAGGCCACAUGGGUAACUUGAAGCAGACAGGGAAAAGCCUUAUGCCGAACCCCAGAAACGGGUUUGGGAAAAUUCGCGGCAACGGCGCCAUUAUGGGCAACAUUGUGAGGAAAAAUAGCGACGAAUUCAGACAGUUUCAAGGCGUGGUGAAUAAAUUAGAUCCUGAGAAGUUUAAGUGUUUGGGUAAUGAGGCGUUUAAGCAGGGGAGAUUUGAUGAGGCCUUAGCCUUAUAUGAUCGAGCCAUAGCUCUUGAUUCAAACAAAUCCAGCUAUCACAGCAACAAGAGUGCCGCUUUGAUGGGUCUUGGCCGGCUCGUUGAGGCCAUUUUUGAAUGCAGAGAAGCUAUUCGGAUUGAGCCUUCAUAUCACAGAGCUCACCAUCGUCUCGCUAAACUCUAUAUCAGAGUGGGAGAAGCAGAGAAGGCAAUAUAUCACUACAAACACUCAGGCACUUAUGCAGACGCAGAAGACAUAGCCCAAGCUCAGGCUCUGCAGAAACACCUCAGCAGCUGCAACAUGGCUCGUAAGAUGAAAGAGUGGGACAGUUUGCUAAAGGACACCCAGGUUGCAAUAUCCUACGGUGCUGACUCAGCACCACAGGUCUACGCUCUACAAGCCGAGGCCUUGCUGAAUCUCCACAGACAUGAAGAAGCCUAUGCCACCUACCAGAAGGCACCCAACUUGAGCAAUGAGUUAUUCGACCGCCCUGUUGGUGCUUGCAUUAUGAUGAUUAAGGCACGGGUUUUCUUGGCAGCUGGCAGGUUUGAGGAUGCCGUGGCAGCAUCUCAGCAUGCGGCUCGGCUUGAUCCGAGCAACGAGGAGGUGAAGAACGUUGUGAGGAAAAGCAGAGCAGUGACGUCAGCUAGAUUGAGUGGUAACUUGCUGUUUAAGGCAUCAAAAUUCUCAGAAGCGUGUGUGGUAUACAGCGAGGGACUAGAAAAUGAUCCGUACAACUCGGUUUUGUUGUGCAACCGGGCAGCCUGUCGGUCCAAGCUCGGUCAGUUUGAGAAAGCCGUUGAGGAUUGCACCGCUGCUCUUAUUGUUCGGCCUUCUUACAGCAAGGCCAGGCUACGACGGGCAGAUUGCAAUUCCAAGCUGGAAAGGUGGGAAGCUUCGGUCCAAGACUACGAGAUGUUGAUAAGAGAGAGUCCUGGUGAUGAGGAGGUGGGCCGGGCUUUGUUUGAAGCCCAGGUCCAGCUUAAGAAGCAACGUGGUGAAGACACUAGGGACCUAAAGUUUGGAUCGAAUUUGAUUUUCAUCAACAGUAAUGAACGUUUCAGACACUUUGUAACCUCGCCCGGGAUGGCCGUGGUGCUCUUUUGUAAGAAAACGAACCACAAGCAUGAGUUGCAAGUCCUGGAGCAAGUUUGCAAGAGAUUCCUAUCUAUUAACUUCCUCAAGGUUGAGAUCGAAGACCACCCGUACUUGGCAAAAUCAGAGCGUCUGAGCUCCACUCCAGCCUUCAGGAUAUACAAGAAUGGAGCAACGGUGAAAGAAAUAACAGGCAACAACCGUGAAAUGUUAGAAAGUUCAGUCAAACUGUACAGCAGUUGAAGAAGAUAUACAAAUUUUACGUACAAAAAGCAAAAACACUUGAUUAUUAGUUUGCGCAUUGGCAUGGAGCUUCACAUUUUACAAACAAGCAAGGAAUUUAUUACGUCCAGUGCGAUCAAAUGAAUUGGGCCAGUUGAAUAUAUAUGCUCUCUUACUUUGCCGGCAUUGCACACAAAGUAGAAAAAAGUUGACAAGGAAGAUCAGCUUGGGAAUACGUACAUUAGAAUCUGAAGAGAAAUUUUUGAGUGUUCUUUUGUUUGGCUUAAUGAUUUUUUUUUUUUUUUCAUUGUGUUUGCAGCCUUUUGUUCUCCUACGACAUUCAUGUUAAA